AAUUUCCUUGAGAUAACCAUGACCUGGAUGAAUGAGAAUAUCCACAGGCUGUUUGUUUGUUUGUUUGUUUUCUUUAAUCAGACAACAGGAAGGAGCAGGUGAUUGUAACACACUGAGGGCAUGUGAAGGCUUAACGCCGAGUGAAAACAACGGUUUGCUUCCUCUCGACGGAAUGACGCACCUGAGAAGACGUCGGCAUCUUGACCUGAAAGUUAACGGUCUCUCGCGGUCCCCCCGCCCCGCACGCGCGCACAAAAUACCGAGCGAGUUUCGUUUCUCCUGAACUGCCUUCUCAUCGGGGUGGGCAGCCUUCCGCGUUGGGCGGUUCGGUCGCUCUCCCUGCCGGCACUCGCGUCUCGCGUCUCGCGUCUCUCGUCUCGCUUGUUAGAAAACGAUGUCUUGUUUGAAGGCCUGAAACCACGGCGGCCUGCGCACAUAAGAGCUCAGAUGUGUCCGGAACCGCAUUAGUGGUCAAGAUGUGUGACAAGUGAACCAGCUAUCGUGAACAGAUGAUCAGAGAAUAAAGAAGCAUGAGUGAUCCCCACAUUGGUGAAGAAGGAACCAACGCUGUAAUGGCAGAUCAAGGCGAAAUGAAGAGUCAGGAGGAGGAUCUGUCACCUGACAUCAAGGACUGGAGUAAACAUCAAGUGAGAAAUUGGGUUCUCAGUUUGAAAAACGUGGAUGCCAGCGCUGCAGAAAUACUGUAUCAGCAGGACAUUAAUGGGCAUAGUCUUUUGCUUUUAGAUGCAGCAGACUUAAAAACAAUGGGUGUGACCUUUGGACCAGCAAAACUUCUCAUUAAUUACAGAGACGAAUUAGUGAAAUUAAAGGAAGAGGAACCUGCAAGCUCAUCAAAUCAGCCUGGAAGACCAUGCAAACCUUACCCAUUUUGUAGGUACCACGAUACAUACAGAUACAUGGAGAGCAGCAUUCUUGAUGUUACAGAAUCUGGUCCCUCAGACUUUAUCGAACCCUGCCAUGAGUAUAAAGCUUUCAUCAAUACAACAGAAGAGACAAAAAUGAGCAAGUUCAUAACUGAGGUCAUUCGCUUUGCAGCUGCCUGCAUGAACAGCCGAACCAAUGGCACCAUACAUUUUGGAAUAGGGGACAAGCCAGACUUUGUCCACGGUGAAGUGUUGGGAGUGGUUGCUGAGGACAAAGAGGCUUUUGCAAAUGAAUUAAAAUCUGCCAUUAAUGGAUAUUUUGAGCAUAAAGACAAAACGACAGCUCAUAAGUGCAUCAAACCUCCUCGAUUUGUUGGGGUUCUCAAUAAGAAUAUGACUUCAUCUGACAAAUGUGUGAUAGAAGUGGACAUAGUUCCUGACUCUGCAGUCUGUGAAGAAAACAUCUAUCACACUUUCAACACGGAUACAAAAAAAGCCAAGAAAAAAGCAAAAGGUAAAGAAACAGUCAACACCGAAACCAAACAACUGAAGCGCUUCUUUGUCCGAGAUGGUGGCAGCAGCAGGGAUCUCCUCGCAAUGACCACAUUUGCUAAACCUAUGGAAGAGUACAAGCGGUUUGUCGACGGUAUGGCACAAUUAUCACUAUGUCGAAAACAAGCGGAAGAGAAGCACUUCAGUGUGAUAAAAAGCAGUACUCAAGGCUCUAGACUGAGUCAGAUGGUAACUGGUGGAACACUCUCUUUGGAUAAAUCGCACUUUGAACAGUAUGUGAUAGUAACUAACAAAUCAGAUUCCAUCCAGUUUGAAUCGCUAGGAUUUCUUGUGGAGCUUAACCCAACAGCUGUUUUAGAUUUUGAUCCAGAAUCAGCUAAACAUGGAUUACACCAUCACUUUGAAGAGCAGAGUACAGUGAGUGUCCAUUUACCAGCAAAGUAUAAAAUCACGGAAGGAGUUGAGGACAUUGCCAGCAAGCUGAAAUUAACUCGAAACACCAGCUGGGUAUUCUGCAAUGGAGGUAUUGAGGAUGAGCUACCUUCUGACAUAGACCAGUGGUUAAUGGAGAAGGGAGCUUCCGUUAGAGAUGUGAUUUCUUUCUUGUGUCGGAAAGAAGUGCUUCCAAACAAGAAAUUCCUUGUCAUUUUCCUACUUCUGUCAAUAGUGAGUGAGAAGAUGGACCCUCUUGUUGAGACUUUCAGUACAUUCCUGCAGGAGCUCAAAGGCACAGAACAAAUCCUUUGUAUAUGUGACAGUGAGAAAGCAUUUACCUCCUGGAAGGACCUCAUCAAUGCUCGGUGCGGAAUUGACAUCUCUUUUAGAUGCAUUUUUGAGCUUAGUUAUGCUGAAGUCAAUGGCACCAUUCUCAGUCUUUUCUCAAAAAACCGACUAUCCAGCCGUUUCCUAACAUGUGGCGGAGGAAGCAAAGUCCUUCUCGAAAAGAAAUUUGAGCGUAGCUUAAACACAUUAGAGGUCCUGUGCGUGAACCAAUGUAUUGGAGAAAACGAGGACAAAAUUGCCAUUGAGGAGAACUUCUACAAAGGGGAAAAAGUGUCAUGGUGGAAUUUCUACUUCUCAGAGCAGGUAGGAUCCACACCAUUCAUCAAACGAGACAAGUUUGACUUCAUCAUGAACACAGUCAUACCAGAUGUGUGCUCCCUGAGAAAACCCUGUGUGUUGUUCAACCUCAUGCAUGUACCUGGAUGUGGUGGGACAACUUUGGCCAUGCAUACUUUAUGGGCUCUCCGCCACAGAUUCCGUUGUGCUGUUCUUAGAGACAGUAACGCUGACUUCACUGAAGUAGCUGAUCAAGUGGUCAGACUUCUAAUGUAUGACCACGGGGAACAGGUGCCACGGGUCCCUGUUUUGCUGAUGAUCGAUAACUUUGAUGAUAAGGAAAAAGUGUUUGACUUGCAGCAUCUGAUUGAAAAAGAGUGUGUGAAGAAGGACAUUCAAUCCAAGUCUCCACAAGUAAUUCUCCUGAACUGCAUGAUGUCAGAGUCCGCUGAACAGAUUGAAUCUGAAGACACGGUAUUCCUCGGAAAUAACCUUUCUGAGAACGAGAAGAAACUGUUUGAGGAAAAACUUGUAGAAAUAGAGAAAAUUCACAAGGAUGCUCAAGAAACAUUUUAUGGAUUCAUGUUCAUGAAGAAGAACUUUAGCUCAGAUUAUGCCCAGGGUGUGGCCUGCAAGACGCUGAAGAGCUUCAAUAUCAGUCAGAAACAGGCACAACUCCUGGCUGUUUUAGUUCUGUUGCAUGUAUACUGCAAGGGUGCCUCUCUCUCUGUCUCUCUGUGUGAGGAAUUUCUUGGUCUUCAACCAAAACCAAUUUGUGGAACCAUCAAAGUUGAAGAAGGAUUUGGAAAAUUUUCACCUUUGAUUGCCAGCUGCUCAGUUGAGGGUAAAGUAAUAUUCAAAGCUGUGAAAAUGAUCCAUUCAAGUAUUGCACGGCAUUGUCUGACGGAACUUACAACAAAACACAAUGUGACCAAAGCUGAUAUUGCCGACCUUCUGCUGACCACAGACAAGCUUUAUGAGAGCACGCAAGGCAAAGACAAACUUCUGCAAGAUGUUCAUCACAUUUUGGUGAAGAGAUAUCAUUCAGUGGAGGACGAAUCUAAAUUCUCUCCACUCAUUCAAGAUAUUGCAAAGGAAACCCCGGGACUGGAAGAGAUGGUGCUACAAAAUGCAUCAAAAAGAUUUGAGAAAGAUGCCAUUGUUUCUCAGUUAUUAGCCAGGUACUUUUACCUAAGAAAGAAGAAUUUCUCAGAGGCAAACCAGUGGGCAAAGAGAGCACGAGAUAUUUCCAAAGACAACUCAUAUAUUGCAGACACAUCAGCACAAGUUAUCAAGCAUGAACUGAAGCUUUCCAUUGCAAACCACAAGGAAGAGCCUAUUGCUCCUGAAACACUGAAGAUGUUUCUCAAAAUGGCUCAGUCAGCAAUAGAGGCAUUCAAGGAGACACAGAACCUUGCAAAAAAGGAGUCAAUCCAGCGAUUGCAAAUCAAGACAGACAACUGCCCUUUUAACACAUCAGGGUGCCUUGGAGAAAUUCAGGUUGGGGUACUCAUCACUGAAGUGCUGGCCAGGACCCCCGUGUUUUCUUCUGACAGAGUCCGCCAUGACAUAAUGAGUCAGGUUCUCUCUGGGAACAUGAAACUUGAGGAAGUAGAGAGAUGUGAUCAAUGGAAAAAUAAACACAGACCCUACUACACUGUUCUCAGACAGUUUGAGGAUGUCCUGUACAACCUCAAAUAUAAGAUGAAGCAGAACUUUGACUUACUUGAGAAUUUUUAUGUGAACUUGGGCUCCAGAUUUGGAAUAAAAGACAGCCGUGAGCAAGUGGCCCAAAAUGAGCUUUUGAGAUGUUUUGAAAAGUAUGCAAAGCUCUUCUGCAAGAUAGAUUCUGCAGCUCUCUUCAAGAAUAAACCCAUGCCACCAAUGCUGAAGCUACUCCAAGCAAGACAAUACCUGGAGAAGCAAAAAGCUGAUACCUAUUGUGGGAUUCUGAAUUGUCUAUCAGAAGGCACAUCACCUGAAGUAAUGGAGAAGAUUGCUAGAGGGUAUGAGUUUGUUUAUGAAACUGAUAAGACUGUGAAGGUGAGAAUCAACUUCCUCUAUGUCAGUGUUGUGUUGAGUCUAAUCAGACUGGGAUCACGACACCUUCUGCCAUACCCACAACUGAUUAAUCUCCUCUGCCAAAUUCUGCAUGGGCCAAUCCCAAUCAAUGAUAACUUGCCACUGCACUUCAUUGCAGUUGUGCUGUUGUGGCCACAGCAGUACCAGACCAAUCCAGAAACCUGUAGAAACCUGGGAAUGUACAUCUCACAGAUGAGGACCUCCUACCACACAGUGAUGAAGGAAGUUUGCAAUGGCAAGAGACCCAUUAUCCAUUUCUUCCUGGGGAAGAAACAAGGCUACGAACGACUGUUACACAUGGGGGAAAUCAGAAGGUACUUCAUGGCCGAGCAGGAACAGUUUUCCUCCCUGUGGGAAAAUGGCAAAAUAUGGAAAGAGAAGAGGGUGGAGGAACUCCUUAGCAGGGUCACUGGUGAGGUGAAGAAUGGCUCGAUACAGGCAAAUACUUGUAUGCCAGGUCUGAAGGUUGAAGUCACUCCGGUGUUUCGGAGUGAGCUUUGUGGGCUUGCUCAGGGAUCAAGAGUGUCAUUCUUCCUUGGUUUCACAAUGAAAGGCCCUGUUGCUCUUGACAUUAAACUGUGAAACCAGUCUACUCACUGUGGAUCCAUCUGUGUCUUAUACCUUUGUGCUCUUUGAACAGGGACCGAGUUGCUUGUAAUUAAUUAUGACACCAUGUUACAUUUUGCCUGUAUCCUUGACUAUGUAACUAACAUUAUUGAUGCUGUUGCUUUGAAAGGAAAACAUUUGUAUAUUGUAUAACCUCACAGUCAAACCUCUAAAAAAUUAUUCAUAUUAAAAAUGUGUGCUGUAGCUCAGUCAUAGUAAAUAUGAUCAUUUUUCAAUCAUGAAAAUUUAAAUGUAUUGAAAGGAAUUUAUCUGUUACAUUUUGUCAUGCACUCCAUCAGCUGAACAAAUUUAAUGAUUGUUCUGUGAAAUGAAAAAGUCUUACAGUUCGUUUACUUGGUGUUCUUGAGCAACUAUGUGAGAAAUUGCACUGUUUUACACGUAGUAUCUAUGAUCUUGUAUGUUCCAUUAUUGAUACAACAGAUUUGCUUUAAAUAACAUUUGAAUGAUGUUUUACUUACACAGAAAUGUUUCUCAUAUUUACAGUCAUUUAUUUUUACAUAUUGAAUAUUAAAUCAUUGAUUUUAUGUCCAUUUUGAUCCUAUCUAUAAUCUCCCUGGCCUGGGAUCAGUAAAGUCUGUCUAUCUAUCUAUCUAUCUAUCUAUCUAUCUAUCUAUCUAUCUGUCUAAUUCUGUGUCUUUGCUGGGCGAAUGUUUGAGACACAGUUUUUAAUCUUUUGCCAGUAUGUAUAAUUAAGUGAUUUUUUUGUUCAGUUUUUUUUUGUUCUUUUGUUUUUUGCAUACCAUGAAACACAGUGAUGAACAUUGAUGAGUUUUGUACUACUUUUUGAAUAAAGAUGUGCUAUAACAA